UUGCGAACCACUUCCAUGCCGCAAGCUUCGCUGUCUAGUUCCCAGUCACUCAGAUCCCCUUCAUCAUAACCAGUCGUUUCCAGACUCGAACGGUCAAUCAUGGCAGAAUUAUCACACCCACGGAUUCCAACGGUUAAAUUGGACGUGCCUGUCAUAACGGAUUCCAUUGCCGCUCGACUGGCAAAAAUUCUGUUCAACCAUGUGUUGUUUCUGAAAAGUCAAAUUCCUUUACCGGUUCUCAUACUACAUAAACAGCGACUGACAAACACAAAAGCAGACAGGCCCAGGCUAGAGCUGCUCGAUACUCUGGACAUACUCUCAUCACAUCUCGACACUACGUUCACAGCAUUAUCGACCGCGUACGCCAGAUGUGAAGGCGAAUGUUGGAACCCGUCCGAUGACACGAACAUCUCACACAACGACACCAAGUCAUCGCGAGCAACGUACCUUGCCAUUCUCAUUGGACCUAGUAUAUCCACCGCAAAAGCUAAAGUCAUUUUAGGGGUGGACGGACUGGAGGAGAAACUUUGGGGAAUGCGGGAUGAUUCUGUUUUACGAUACGAGCGUGCGGAGGAUCAGGGCGACGACCUUGAAGACGAUAACGAUGAAGAAAGCAGUGAGGAAGCAGAAAACAGUGGCGAAGAGGGGCCAGAAAUUUCUGACUCUGACUCUGAAGAUGAAGGUGAGGCCACCGAAAAUGAGGGAGAAGAGGAGGAAGAUAUUCCACAGGCAUCUCCCCAAUCUUCCUCUCAGAUGCAACCCCAUGAACCACUGUCACACUCAGCCCAACCUCGUAAAAUUCAAACGUAUGCGGACUUACAGUUAAUUCUUCAAAAAGCAGACCGUUUAUUAUCGAACACGUUAGCGAGAGCAGAGGGUGAAGGCCGAGGUAUGAGCUGCGAGAUGGCACUGACGCAGACCAAUAUUCUACUCCGCGCACCACGGCGGUUCAAACACCCAGCAUGGAUACCGAGACAGAACAUGGGGCGUGUUAUGGAGCGAGUUGUCAGGGAAUUCGAGGAAGCUCGAGGUGUUCAAGAUACGCCAGAAGAGGUGACGACUCAGAAUGGGCGAAAGAAGAAAGGAAGAACAGCUGACAAGGCGAAGGUUGAAGGAGUUUGGGUUACCUCUUCCUCGUACGGGGCGACUGAUCCGUCCUCCAAUAACAUCACUACUGCGAACGGGAAGCACGACGAAGACGAACUGAAUGAGAUGAUAUGGUGGAGCUGGGAAAGGGAGGUUGUUGGUUUUAAUUGAAAUCUCGGUACAUUGAUCGGUAUAUAAUACUAGGUCAGUGCUAGAUGUACAACCUUCUGUACUGUAGAUUGUACUGUGCUCGUUUUUCUCCUCGUC